GCAGCAACCCAAUCCCCCUCUCCCCCUGCCGCCGCCUGUCUCUCCCCCUCUCCCCGAUCCAGAUCGACUCGCCUCCGUCGCCUCCCCGAGACCCACAACCCCAAGCCGCUCUCCUGAGUGCGUCGAGCCGCCGCUAUCUUUGCUGCUUUGUCCCUCUGCAUCGCCCGCAUCCAGCCGCGCCAUGGCUUCCUGCGUCGCCGGAUCCGACCUCCACCAGUCUGCCGCCGCGCCAAUCAGGAUACCACCACCGUGCGGUCCCUGACCCCGCACCCCACGGCGGCCGGAGACGAUGGCGAGGAAGGGCCCGGUCCCCUGACGAAUCCUCCUCCCUCCAUCACCCGGGCCCGACGCCCAGGCCCAGCGUGCGCCACCGCCAUGGAAUCCGCCGCUGGGACGGAUCUGGGGAAGAUAUUGGGCGUGUUCUACCAGGCCGAGGACGGGGAGCAAAGCGACGCCUCCUCGCUCUGCUCGCCACCUCCCUCGCCGUGCUCGACGCCAUGCAAGGUGCACCGCCUAGUAGGAGACCACGGCUCCGUCUGCUUCUUCUGUUGUUGUGUGGUCGACGACGACGACGCGGCCGUGCGGUCGGUGCCCUCUGACGCCGUCCGACGCGAUGGCUCCCAUCAAGAAGGCGAAGAAGAGCAGGGAGAACAUCAACAACAAGAUGCAGCUGGUGAUGAAGAGCGGCAAGUACACGCUCGGCUACAAGACCGUUCUCAAGACGCUGCCCAGCUCCAAGGGAGCUCCAGGCCUAUUUUUUUGGAGUGUGAAGCCUUGAAGCCAAGUGUGAAGCUGUGAAGCCAAGUGUGAAGCAGUACUUAGCAAAGAGUUUUUGGUUCUGUACUUAGCAAAGAGUUUUUGGUUCUGAAGUGUGAAGCCAAGUGUAAAUUGUAAUAUUGUAAAAGUCUAAUGUAGUGUUAAUGAAUUAUAUCUGUUCUGUCCUAUUUGAAAUAAUGAUUAUGUAUGUUGAAAAGAUGUGAAAUGGAAACUUGACCAGUGGGACCCAGUUAUGAAUA